GGUCAGUCUGUCUCGCUGCCCCAACUGAUAAAGCCUGGAUAAGCAAGGACACUUACACACACACUUACACACCCACUUAUACUUACACACACACACACACACACACACACUUGCAACUGAAAGCUCUAAAUGUGUCAGCAAGAGCGCUGCCAAAAGAUCGUCCAGCUUACUGUCUCUUAGCAACAGGCAGAAAUUCAGCUCCACUCUCCCGGUUGCCAGGGGCGACGGUGGAUGCUUGAAGCCAUUCUGUAUGUAAGCUCGGAGCGGAGACGGACUGCUGGAGACGUGCACCCACAGCCCCGAACACUUCAACAGCGUGCCGGACAGACUCCAAACAGAAGACAUGGAAUAAUUCCCUCUCAAGUGCUUGCAGACGCUGGUCUGGACUCUGUGCGCUUGUGCUGGAAUCUUCUCUUUACACGAGUGUGAGGAAUCCUCUCUUCAUCGUGAAGGACGCUGUUUUUUCUCAUCAUUAUUCAGAUGGUGCAUUGUUUUUCUCGAAUGGCAGGAUAUAGAACUCGUAAAGACCUUUUUUGCUGAACUCUUUUCCUCUGAAGGAGCACAUUAAUCUUCUGUGUGAUAAUAUUUACUUUCUAUUUUGAGCAUAACAUCCCAGCAUCACCCACCUGUAAGAAGAGCUCCAUUUCCGUUCUCCAUUACCACAAGCAGACGAGGAUAUGUAAAUUCGAAGAACAUUGCCACCUGAUUGUUCCUUCUCUGGGUGACUAGAAGUACUCAUUAGAAGAGCAGAAUGCUUUAAACUGGACUAUUUUUUCCCAAUCAGUGUUGUUGUUUUUAGACCUGCAAGACUGGAAGUCAGGAGACCAGUAGAAUCCAGGUACUGGAUUUAAACCUGCUUUAUUGUCGAAGGAUUUACAAUACCUGUGACCUGCAGUAAGACUGUUGAUGAUGAACUCUUUUCUAGAAAACUAUUGCUUCUUGCUCAAAGGAUUUAUGACAGUUACAAGAAAUCCAAAUAUGCAUUCUGGCCCAGCAGUCCUUUUCUAAGGAACCACAUCACCCACAAUGCACACUCCAGCCUCCAUGGUGACAGGCAUCGUCUUUGCCCCGUUGGGACUGGUGCUGGUGUUCACAGCAGCUAUCACGCCUCAGUGGAGGGAAGGUGAAGCUCGACUAGGUGGAGUCGGAAGGGCUGUGGGCCAGGGAAAAGCAGCAGACCUCCUCCUGCUUCGUUCUGAUGGAUUGUGGGAAAGCUGUGUGCAGGUGGAGCACUCUGAGCUCAGGGAAUGCUGGCCAGUGUCUGGACCGUACCAGCGUGAUUCCCGUGUCCGAGCUGCCCAGGGUCUCGUCCUUUCUUCCCUCUUCCUGUGUGGAGCUGGGAUCGUUUUGGCCAGUAUUGGCUUGCGUUGCUGGACGGACACUCCACUCAGAAACGUUGCAGCAAGUGGCGGCUUGCUGGUGGCACUAGCAGGUGUGCUGAGUAUGGCUGCUCUUGGCAUUUAUACUCAUCAUUUGCCAGACUUGGAGGUGGAACUGGCAUCAACCAUGUCUGAAUUCCAGGAGCUCAACAUUCACAAGCUGCCCAGCCUGACCCUACGGCCAGCUGGGUCUCUCUAUUUUGGCUGGCUAGGGUCUUGGGUGCAGGUAUUGGGGGGUGUGGCUUUGCUAUUUGGGUUUAGACGCCCGCACUGCCCAUCCUGCCCCAAGCAGGCAAACAUGGAGAGCAUAGAGGUAUAUGAUGUGAGCUGCUAAAUGGAAACGUUCUUAUCGAUUUUGUGUUUACGACUCAAAUAUUCCAGUAUUCCAUGUAUACCUUGAGAAGACGGGGUAUAAAUAGGGACGAUGCUGAUCCAACACCUAGUAUUUGGACAGAAUGGGUUCGACAUUUGCAGAAUCUUCUGGAACUGGAUAUUAGACUCUGUACCAAAUUUGAUCUAAAAUCUCACAGAACUGAAGUAACUUUAAACAAAGGAGGCCAGAAGAUAAAAGCCACAUGUAGCCUAACGUUAAGAAAAAGAAACAAUAGGUGGCACACUUGUACUGUAAGUGAUUAUUUUGUUCAGUUUGCUGAUCUGUAUCAGUACUGUGUCAUUUCUCUGUUCUCGAGAAGCUGAUGUAAGAAUCGUGUCCUGGUGUACAAAUACUUUUGCAACCUACGUGAUUAGACACUUUUCUUCGCAGAAACAAUAGGUUCUGACACCACAUUUGACACCACUGUAAACUUAAAUACCUUAAAACUGAUGUAACCUGAAUUCUGCCCACACUAAAGUUUGUUCUCUACACUUUUUCUUGUAAAAGGUUGGAUAUUCCAAUUUUCUGUGAUGUCUAUAAGAGACAGAAUUUAAACUUUUUGAUGUAUAAAAAGAGACACUACUGUAACCAAUUUGGCUGUGCCAAUCUGCCUACAGAGGUAUAAAAGCUAAAGACUAAUUUAUAUGGUAUUGUUUACAUACCAAUGAGACAAACCAAUAAGAGUAGGCCAGAAA